UGCAAUAUAACUGACACAAACCAGAAGGAGGUGGAGUAGUGAAAAUAAUAUACAUAUAUAUAUACGCAUACGUAUAUGUAUGUUGUGUAUAUGUGAAAUUAUAUAGAUAUAUUAUAUAUAUAUAUAUUGAUGUGUAUCCAUUUAUAAUCAUUCUGCAGGAAGGAUACAGAAACACACGGAAUAAAAAAAAAAUUUUUUAAGUGAUCCUUCUGCUUUUUCAUAAGUAUACCACGUCGUUAUUUCAAACACCACUAAUAAUAAUAAUAAUAAUAAUAAUAAUAAUAAUAUAAUAUUAAUAAUAAUAAUAAUAAUAGUAAUAAUAACAAUGAUAAUAAUAAUCAUUUAAGAAUAAGGAGAAGACCGACAGCAACAUCUUCCAGUGAAACUGUAAUAAUAAUAAUUACCAAAUAAUAAAAAUAUAAUUAUUGUUAUUACUAUCAUCAUUAUUAUUCAUUAUUAGUUUUGCUACAUAUCCUCUCCUACUUUUUUCUACACAUUAUCGUUAUAUUGUUAUCUAUUAUUAUUAUUAUUAUCAUUAUUAUUAUUGAUAUUAUUAUUAUUAUUAUUAUUAUUAUUAUUAUUAAUAAUAAUAAUACCGUUGUUGUUGUUGUCAUUAGUGUUUCUUUGUGCUUAGUAAGUCGCCCUGUUGUUGAAACUACCACAAACUGCGACUAUUUCAAAAAAAAAAAAAAACCCCAAAAAAAACCAUCACCAACAACAACAACUACAACAACACCAUAACCAACAAUAAGAAGAAGCAAAACAACAACAAAAAAAAAAGAAAAAGAAGUAUAAUCACUACAGCUAACUUUAUACUACAAGGAUAGCCGGAUACGCGGAUGGAUGUUGACUGCUAUUAAAAACAGCGGUUACUGACUUACAAGAAAACCAACUAAAAAAAAAAGCACCCGAACCAAAAAGAGAAGGAUUGUUUUAAAUAUAAAUAACGCUUCACUAUCAUGUCUCAGGAUGUUUGUAAAAACCAAGUAAACAGUUACAGAAAAAGUUGCAUAAAAAAACAGUUACAGAUAAUCGGCGAAGUAAACAGUUACAAGUGAAAUUCGGAUGAGCGUUGUGCUUCAUUACUCGAUUACAUAUAGAUCCUGGCUUUGACAAAUAAAAACUUUUGGAAGUCUACAGACCCAUUUUUUCGGUUAAAAGAGUUCCACUAGGACCAUGUGACGCAGCUAAUUUUCUUGGGAGAUUUAUUCUAAACUUGUUUUGUGGAUUAAAAAAAAAACAGAUUUCUUAUAUUAUCAUUAUUAUAAUUAUAAUUGUUACUAUUAAGAUUAAAACAAAAAUUUUUUUAAAAAGAAUUAUCAAAAGCAUGUUUGGAUAUUUUACUAAUCAGCUUGGAAUCGUCUACAAUUGUAUAAGAUAUAAUCUGUGAUAGGCUACCGUAAUAAACUCGGGGAAGCCAAAUUGUUUUUGUCUCUGUGUUCUACCCAAAAUUUCAUCAUUCCAUUCCUAACACUUUUGUUCUCCCAGUUCAAAAUGGGACCCCAUCCUAUAUGGAUGUUACUUUCGCUCAGUGCCAUCACAUUAUGCGUGGCUUUUGAUCUUCAGGGAUCGAAACCUUCAUACGCUAAGUUCACCAAAUGGGAGCCUUGUGACAAUGGCACUCUGACUUUUGAAUUCAAGACAGACCGCGGAGAUGCAUUAUUAAUGUAUACAGACGGUGGAGAGGACUAUGACUUCAUGGAGCUAAAACUUGUUGACGGCACUUUGAAGUUGCGUUUCGACUUAGGAGGUGGUGCCAUGAUUAUGUCUGUAGGUCAACGAUUGAACAACAUGCAGUGGCACACUGUAGAAAUUCAAAGAGCUAAAGCGCAAACCAAUUUAGUCGUUAACAACAUAGCUGAAACGAUGGAGACGAAACCUUAUGAUAUCGUAAGAGAGGAAGAAAACAAAGAGAGUUUUGUGUUUAUAGGGGGUAUGCCAAUGGAAUAUGGAGCAAAACUGGAUAGACUGGCUUUACCAUCAGUGAUAUUUGAACCCCAGUUCCGAGGAUCGAUACAGAAUGUAUUAUACAGUAAUUGUGGAGGGCCAAUGGAAGCACCCAUAAGAUUAGAAGAAAGUGGCAUACGAGGUACGGAGAAAGACCUUUGUUUAGAGAAUGAUCCUUGUCUCAACGGCGGUACCUGCCUUACAACGGAUAAACGUGUUGUCUGUGAAUGUACAGGGACCAGUUACAUUGGUGACUUUUGUCAAAUCGAAAAGCCUAUUGUGGAAGCUACUUUCACUGGAGUUGAGUACUUGACAUACGAUCUUUCAGGCAGAGGUGACUCUUUUGUUAGCAGUAAAGACAAGCUGACAAUGUACUUCAAAACCAGACAUGCCGAUGGACUGUUAUUCUAUACAGGUGACCUUGGGGAAUAUUUUAAUGUGGCCCUCAUUGGUGGGGGUGUGGACCUAUCAGUAAACCUCGGAUCUGGAAAGUAUGAUGCAAAUAUCAAUCCCCCAAAUCAACGAUUUGAUGACAACAAAUGGCAUCUUGUAGAGGUAACCAGAGAAUCUCGUGAGCUUGCGAAGGAUAGAGGGUUGUUCGUUAUCACUUUUCAAGUGGAUACAAUCAAGAAAAUUGGUACAACGAUUGGAACGUUUACUUUGCUUUCAAGCAAAGUACUUUUCUUAGGGGGAAGUCUCAAUACGUUAAACCUACCUGGCUCAAAGCUUAAACAAAAUUUCAAAGGCUGUAUGAGGAAGGUCUUCUACAAAGCCGAUGGUAUUGAAUUGAAUUUGAUUGAACUUGGAAGAGAUAAACAUGACUUAAUCGAUGUCGUUGGGGAUGUGCAAUUUGGAAAAUGUCACAUUCAUAUAGAUCCAGAACCUAUUACGUUCACAUCGCCCGACUCAUUCAUCACUCUUCCGAAAUGGGACGUUUCCAAAGGAGGCAACCUAUCUCUCAAAUUUGUAACCAACGAACCAAACAGUGUUCUCCUCUACAACAGUAGGAGCGAGAAUCAUGAUGACUUCUUAGCAGUAGAAAUGCUAGAUGGCUUCUUGUUCUUUGUUUUCAGUAUCGGAUUAAACUCCCAAAGGCUGAGAGUAACAGAACAAAAAAUUAACGAUGCUUCAGUACAUGAAAUAUACAUCAAUAUGACAAAAGAAGCGGGGUAUAUCGAUGUGGAUGGACAUAGGACGGAUUAUGCAAUCCCUGGCAAGAGCGUAUUGAGCCCGCAUGGUAAACUUUAUUUAGGAGGCAUCGGUGAUAGGGAAGAUCGAUUUUUAUUGCCAAAAGAAAUAUGGGCUGGAGUGCUAGGAUAUGGGUUUGUUGGUUGCUUGACCAACUUUUUUAUGAAUGGGGAGUCUUUCGAAUUACCUGCGUUGAGUGUCGAACAAAUGGUACCUGGAGUGAAAAAUGAAUGUCAAAACAUGAAAUCCCAGUGCUUGAAACGUCCCUGCUUGCACCAAGGAAACUGUGCCAAGGGCUGGAAUCGAUUCAUUUGUGAUUGCAGGCAAACUGGAUAUUAUGGUACUCUAUGUGAACAUGUGGCUUCAACACUUCACUUUGAAGGCACACAGUUCAUGAAAAUAACAUUGGAAGGAGAGUCUAAAUCUGAAGUAGAAGAUAUAUCAUUGCGAUUCAACACUGUGAGACCACAUGGGUUGCUCUUCCUUGCUGCCUCAGGAAAAUCUAAAGAUAUUAUGGAGUUGCUGUUAGAAUCAGGAACCAUUAAAUUCACUAUUAAACUUGGCAGUGGCACGAGAACCCUAAUUACUGGCCAAAGUCUCAAUGAUGGACAAUGGCACACAGUGUUUGUUAAGCGCAGAGCUAGAACUGUAGAGCUGGCAGUUGAUUAUAACUUACCAGUCACUGAUAAGCUACCAGAACUAAGAAAAACUUUAAAAUAUGAGUAUAUAUAUAUUGGCUCAAUUGGACCUGUACCCUCGGAAGAGCUUCCUGCAACUUCAAGUGUUUCAGAGUUUCAUGGUGAAGCUAGCAAACUUACAGAUGACAAUACAAUUCAUGGUUAUGCCAGUUUUAUUGGACUCAUGCAACAGCUAGUUUUCAAUAAAAAACACUAUUUUGAAAUGGCAAAGUCCGGCAAGGCAAAAAAUAUUGAAGUCAGCGCACAGUUUGAUGGGGGAUCAAACAUUGCUAGAGACCCAAUCACAUUUAAGCAAACAUCUGCCUUUGCCGAACUAAGCACACUCAACAUCCAUUUAUUGUUUGUCAUUUCUUUCAAAUUCAAAACCACGGAACCUGAUGGCCUGUUGCUGUAUAGCGGUGGCAAAGAAAAGGACUUUCUUGCACUAGAACUUGUAGAUGGCUAUAUCUAUUAUACAUAUAAUCUGGGCAAUGGGGCCCAAGUGAUAAAAGGAAACACUCCAGGUCCCUUAAAUGACAACCAAUGGCAUUUGGUAUCACUCUCCCGCCUUGAGAAAAAUUCUCAGUUGUUUCGAGUUGACAUCAAUCCUACUGAGAUGAUCCCCGUCCUCAAUGGAAGAGCUAUCCACUUUGAUCUCGAGGGACCCCUCUAUCUUGGAGGGGUAAAAAAGACAGUUUUUGCCAAUUUACCAAAAUCAAUUCGUUCUAAACACGGAUUCCAAGGAUGCAUGGCUUCAAUUGACCUUAAUGACAUUUAUCCUAAAGUGUUAACAAAUGCCACACAUCUUCACGGUCCAGUAAUUGCAGGCUGCAAAGGUCCUAAUCGGGAAUGUCACCCCGAGGCCUGUUUGAACCAAGGCGAGUGUAUGCAACAGUGGAACUCUUACAUCUGUAACUGUGAUUUAACAUCCUAUUCGGGCCACAGCUGUAGUGAAGAAAGCACAACAUACCAUUUCGGCCCCAAUCCUGGCCUUCUUCAGUACACCUAUCCAGCGAAGAAACGUAAAGACAGAACGGAAGACCUCCUCGCUUUCGGAUUAAAGACAAAACAAAAAGAUGCCGUUCUUGUUCGAGUUCAAAGUAAAGAUUCAGAUGACUAUUUGGAAGCAGAAUUGGUGGAUGGAAACAUAUUUGUUGUAUAUAACAUGGGCACUGCAGACCACCCAGUGGGGGAAGUCUACCAUAAGGUAAAUGAUGGCGAAUACCAUGUAGUCCGUUUUACACGAAAUGGUGCAAAUUCAACCAUCCAGGUAGACAACUAUAAACCACAGCCAAAACAUCCAGACGUAUCUUCAUGGUAUAUUGGGGAAAUUCUAGACCCAGAAGAGUUUGGUCCAAUGCAUGUUUUUCCAAGUGAGCAAAUGAGUAUAUUCAACAACCAAGCUUACAUAUACAUUGGUGGAAAGAAAGAUAGCUGGGACUCACAGAUUCAGAAGGCAUACCGUGGAGAAAUAUCAGGUUUAGUCUUUAAUGGACUCAAAGUUCUUGACAUGGCUGCUGCCAACAACUCCAGAAUAUCCAUAGAAGGGAAUGUAAAAUUGGUGAAGCAGUUUGUUCCCAAGAAGAAGGAAAGUACAGAGGUACAAGAAAUGCAGUCUACAAUGGGUGUCCGAGUAACUCCACACCAGUCAGCAACUGAUGACAUCAUAUAUUCUGGAAAUGAUGCUGGAUGCAACAGUGAUGAUGAAGAUGAAUGCAGUUCUGUUGGAUCUGGAAUGGUAGAUGAGAUCAUCACUCCAACAGUGAUAGUCAUCACCACACCACGCCCAAUUGAUUCGUCUCCCAGGAGCAUAAGUCCUGCACCUGAACCCUCACAACCUGGGAGAAACAAUCAUCAUACUCCCAUUGGGAAUGGAGUCAGUAGUGUGAAGACCCGACCAAGCAUCACUCCAGACAACCCCACUAAUACCUUAGAAACAGAAACAAAUAAAUUCCCAGGGACAACCUUUGAAAACUCAGAUGAUUUGAAUAUUGGUCUGAUUGUUGGCAUAGCUGCUGGUGUUCUUGUGGCUUUGAUAGUUCUUAUUAUUGCGCUUUAUAAAUUUCGAAGUCGAGAUGAGGGCUCCUAUAAAAUAGAUGAGACCCAGAACUUUGCAUACUUGGACUCAAAGCAACAGCAGAGCAACGGAGCAUUACUACCUCACAACACCACACCUGGUGGCGGUAUAGGCGGAGGAAUAGGUGGUAUGGGAGGUAUGGGAGGAGGCAUGGGUGGUAGCAUUGUUAGCGGAGGUGGUGGGGGUGGCAAAAGUGGCAAGAAAAAAGAUGUGAAAGAGUGGUAUGUAUAAAGAUUGCACACUCUACCAACCGACCAACCGACCAACCAACCAACCGACCGACUGACUGAUAUUAUUGUUAUUGUUGUUGUCCCUUCUAAUCUAAACAAAUUUCUAUGACCAGCAGGAUUUCGGUCGGUAGGUAAAGGGGGAGGGGAACUAAGGCAGAGCAGUUGCUACUGCUGCUGCUGCUGCUGUUGCUGCAAUUGAAGCUAUUUAGCUUUUGCACCAAGCAUGAUUGCCUCAGCAGGAGUAAACACUCUUCAGAUUUUAAAUACUAAGCUGGAUUUAGGAAAAAAAUUAAAGGAAGAAAAUAUAAAUUGCCACAUUUAU